AUGUCGUUGGAGACGUCUCGUCGCCGUCUUAUUGUACGCACGAUCGCUGUCAAUCCGACGCGCUUCUGGGUCGACCCGGAUCCAUCGGGCUGGCACAAGUACAUACUGGACGAGUUAAUUCAGAAAAGGCUGGAGUACAGUUGCGAGCAGGUCCCAUCCAUUCGCCUCACGGCCGGGCUUUAUGCGCCACCUCGUAAAUCGGAAGAAGCCAUGGGCACGGGCAGAACGGACACACGCACGCACGCACGCACUCUGCCGACUUGCAAUUGGUUUGUCGAGACACGUCACGGUGAGGCGAACGGCCUUCCCGGACCGGAAUGGCGACGCUCAUAUAUAUUAUGA